AUGGCUCAGUCCCCGCUUCCGCAUCGGUCUCGUCGCCGGCCCAGUCUUGAAUCUAGAGCUCGCCAUGCAGACGAUGGGAGUGAUUCUGAUAGUCCAGCUCCACCGAACCCCCGAAUUCGACCCUCGCGCGCCGUCCGACGGGUGGAAACAUACAGAGAGUCAAGCGAUGAGAGCCCGGCGCAAGCAUCUACUGUUGAGUCUGAAGCCUCGUCUGAAGAGGUCUUCCUUUGCAGAGGCACGAGGUCCCGUCCGGCGAGGUCAGAAGAAUCAGUCCAUUCUUCGCACACCAAACCAAAGUUCACGUCUACUGGAAGACAGGCACCAGCAGGUUCAUUCAGUUCAUAUAAGCGUCGGAAGAUACAAACCUCAAAUGUUCAAUUCAAGCCGGCUGCGCACUCAGAGAUCAUCACGCCGUCGCCCACUUCGAACCAGCGCUUUCUGCCCUGGCAACAACUUCCAUAUGAAGUCCUCGCGAGCAUCAUGAAGUAUGCUGCCUAUCCGCUGUACGGCCAAGCGUCUCGCAGCAAUCCUUCCAUCAACUGGCUUUGCUCCACUUCGCUACUAUGUCGAUCAUUCCACGAGGCUUGCAUGGCUGCAUUGCUCUACCGCCCUCCCCUGUACCCUGCAUGGCGAGCUCACGGCCUGAUGCGAUUGCUCAAAGAGGACCCUGCCACCUUAGUCACAGACUACAAGAGAAAGAUUCACUAUCUCGACAUUGAAGUCAAACAGCUUCUCCUCAGAAAGAGUGGGAUUUCCCUUGACGACCUUCUAUCGCACACUCCUCUCGUACAGGGUAUUCGCCUGUAUUCGAACCAUGAUGACUACAACACCCUUAUCUGGGCGCAGCCUACCGCCCAAAGACUGAACUGGUCCUAUCCUCCGCAGAUCUUCGAGCGUCUCGACAAAGAUAAUAUUAAGAUGAGAAGCUUUGAGUGGAACGGGCGGUUCCCCACCGCGCUGGAAACGCUUGAAACUGCAACGCGUGUCCAUGCAAACAGCUCCUUUAGUCACCUCCGUCACCUCGCUUUUCUGAACCUUACGCUCCCGGAAAAGACCAGUGAAGCCGACGUUGUCAAAGCUCAUAGUCUGCUUGCUGGAGCACUGAACCGUCUAGGGGAGCUGACGAGUCUAUCGUUCCGGAACUGUGCAGUGCUCGACGACGUUGCCACCAUGACGCUUCCGAUUGGUCUUCAGGACUUGGAGUUUUCGCACUGUUCACGUCUGACUUCCGAGGACCUAGAACAGUAUUUACGGCUAGGUGGCAGCUCUCUGCGGACACUCAAGCUUUUUGGAAAUCAGUCCAUGUCUCUGGGUUUCAUGGCCGGGUUUCGACAAUCAUGUCCCCGUUUACAAACACUCGAGGUUGACAUGCUCUACAUCGAUCCAACCUCUUAUCGUGAUCGAGAUCCUCUCUAUGACGAAUUGUUGCCCAGUGGCCCUCCCAGUUGGCCCACUGACCUCGUUACCGUAUCUGUCGAGAAUCUACGGCAGCUGUCUGCGGCAGAUGCGGAAGAGUUCUUUGCCUCGCUUGUCGAUUCUUCUGAGCAUCUCCCCUAUCUCAGGACACUCAACAUCAAGGCAAUUUUGAAGGGCGCUGGCUGGAGAGACCGUGCUAGACUGAGGAAGACGUGGUUGGCCCGACUCCAAGAUGUCUUCCUUAGCUCGGCUGAACCCUUCGUCACGAAGAUUUCGUCCAAUACAUCGCCGACGGUGUCACAACGACAGAGCAGCCGCAUAGCCAAUACCCAGUUCAAGAAGUCGAGUAUCAGAAUGAACGCCUACGAGAGAGAUGCCACAGCGCCAAAUCCGGUCCAACCUCGGUGCGAGAUUGUGAAUCUAGUGAUAUCAGACCAGAGGCCUGCCCAAGACCAGUUUCAUGAGGACGACUUCUUGGACGAUGAGCCCAGUGAUGAUGGGGAAUGGAAUGGUCGUGAUACGGAAACUCUUUCUACUGGUUAUGCAUGGUGA